GUUGAUGCAAAAUAGGCAAAAUAGGCUUUUAAGGUUCAAGCCUUCAAGUGAACUGUUGAACGGUUGAGUGGGGGAAAACUAGGAGAAGAGAGACCCCCUAUAUAUAAAACUCGAAGAAAUUCAACAAAAAUUCAAAAAAAAAAAUGGAAAUGGAAAUGGAAAUUGAAAUGGAGAAGCAAGAAGACGAAGCAACAAGAAGCAAGUGUUACCCAGAAAUGGCGGAUGAAGCAGAAUAUCAGAAACUUGUGCAAAAUUCAGAGCUUUUCUUGCAAAAGCUCAAAGAUUUUCACUCUUCCUUCCGCACCCACUUCAUCUCCCCCUGUGUUGGAGGAACAACUCUAGAUUUACAUCGCCUGUUUGUGGAGGUCACGUCUCGUGGCGGGCUUGACCAAGUUAUUUCAGAGCGGAAAUGGGAGGAGGUGGUUUCUGCCUUCAAUUUUGUGACAACUGGUUUCAAAAUAUCAUUUCUCCUGCGCAAGAACUACUUGUCAUUACUUUAUCACUUUGAGCAGGCAUAUUUCUUAAAGAAAAAAGCUCCAGCAGUUGCUAUUACUGAUGCUGCAGAACAAAUCACUCUUAUUGGAUCAAGUAUGGAAUCUACCUCAGACUUGAACGAGGAAUCUACCAUCAUGAGCCAUUUACAAGCAAGUGUCCAAAUACAGCCUGGUACAUCUAUUAUUGGAGUUAUAGAUGAAAAGCUGGAGAACGGGUAUGUUGUGUCAGUGAAUUUGGGUUCUGAUACACUGAAAGGCAUCUUGUAUCACAUUCCUGACACGCCACCACCAUCUUGGAGCCCAAAUCUUACUAUACCUCGGCGAAGGAAGCGGAAAAAGUCGCAGUUGUCACUAGUAAAAUAUGCUACUUUAAACCCUGUAUCUGAAGGACAAGAUAAGUCCGUAAGCAACAUUGGACAUACGAGGAAUCAAUUAUCAGAACCUGACAAACAGUUCAAUCAAGAGAAAGGAGCGGUGGUUAAAGAGCCUAACCUUACUGAAGGUGUCAACUUAGUUGUUAAUUCAUGAUCAGUUCUAAUAGCAAAUUUGUAACAAACACCCACUUGCAAACUGUUGAGCUCCCGGCAUUUGUGCUUGUUUGCGCCAUUACCUGUUGGUCAGCUGGGCUGGGUCAACACAGAGAACUGCUUGUAAAUCUUACAGAAUACAAAUCAAAAAUUUGUAGUAGUAUUAAAUGUAUGCAUCAGAGUUGGUGAUCCGAUCCCCAUAUAGGCAUCAGUGCCGCUUUUCGUGUGGUAACCUCUAAUGAAAUUGUUUAGGAACAUAGGACAUGUGAACUUAAUGGAUCUUAUUUUGAAGGAAAGUGUCCUAUGAAAACUGCACUUGUUUUCAAAA